AUGGUCGUUUUAAUUGGCUCACAAGGUAUUUUGAUAUCAGCAUUUAUUAUUGGUGUUAUAACAAACAACCUACAGUUUACUACUACCGAAAAUUAUUUCAUUAAAUUUGUGGAACAAAUACAAUUAAAUAAAGAACUUAAACAUCAGUCAUCGAAUAUAAUCAAACAUGGUUUGAAAACAUGGAUUUUGAAAGCAGUUCAUCCGUCUCUAUCGCACAUCAAAUCUAAUCGAAAACUUUUAGCAUCGAUCAAGAUGAAGAAUCGUAUUAAACAUCAACAACAACAGUUAGCUAACGCUGACGAUAGUCACACAGCUAUUUCUAGUCUUAUGAAUAAUAAACAGGCACUAGACCAACAAUUACAAUCAAUUAAAACAAUUUUGCUUAAGAUUGACAAAAAACUUACAACAACAACAACAACAACAAACGCAAUAAGUACAUGA